AUGGAUCUCUGGGAAGCAAAGAUCUACUGCCGCGCCUGUGGCACCCUUGUCGAACCGGACGCGCUCAGAUCGGUCGUUGGCGAACAGCCCAGGAAAUGGGGUGCAAGCAAGAUGGUACGGCUGCCUGCCGCCGAGCUAGAAAACAUGUAUUUCAGUAAAGAACGGGGGUGGAUAGACCCCGGCCAUAAGAAACAUAAUAAAGCAGAGCAGGACAGUAAUUGCAAUUAUCGGCUGUCUGGAAUCGCACAGCAUACUACCGACAUGAUGGACACGCAGGAGUUCCUGGUCUUCACCGGCCCAUUGGAAUGGCGCAUGGCGGACUCGUACUGGGCGGCAAGAGCGCCAUCUGCCCUGAUCUAUGAAAUCCAGGACCUGCUGGACGAUGGCAACGUGAUGGUACACUGGGAAGACCUCUGUCUUCGCGCCGAAGAGCUGGUCCAGACGUCGGACGAGUUGCGGAACCGGCGACGGAUUAUGCGGAUCAUCGAUGGCACGAAGAAGCUUUUCGUUCGGAUGAUGAGGAACGAGAGUUGGGAUAGUUGUGGGGAGGAUUAUUAUCUCGAGAGUGAUUGUGACGAGAAUGGCUACGACGAGAAUUGCAUGAAGUCGUAUUUAUGGGAGUGGAAGCGACAGUAA